AUGGUUCACGAGAAAUCAAUUAAGAAUGAAGUUCCUAUUGUAUUGGAUAUUGCUAACAAAGGAAAAAAGAAAGUUUUUGAAGAUAACACAAAGAAGCAUCAAGUGAGAGAUAAUGGAAAGCCUUCUCCCAUUUGUUCAGAUCGUGCUUUGGUUAUUGGUGAAUUUUCUACAAGCAUUGUAGGUCAAGUUGUUGAAUUCAAACAUGUAGGGGUAGUUGAAAAUUUGUGUAAAGGGAAUCUGUUGGAUUCAGACAUUGGUUUCGAUGCAGGUUUUAGAAAUCCAAAUGAUCCGAUUCCUCUCAAUAGUUCUCUAGAGAAGAUUAAGGAACCUAUCAUUUUUUCUCCAAUACCAAUUGAGUCUUAUAACAACAAUGCCAAGCCAGGUAGACCAAAAAGAGAUCUGCAACCUACCCUAGCACUUUGUUCACCUUAUCAUAAAAAAGAAAUUGAUACAACUGAACGUGUUUCACGUUUGGCAGAAAGGGUUGCGGCUUCUGUGUUUUUGGCUAUACGUAAUCCCAGGAAAAAGUCUAUGAAUCUGCCAAUGGUUUGCUGGUAUAAGAUUCGUGAUGGAGUCUCUCAUAUCGGGUUGUAG